AUGCGUCGCGCACUCCUGAGUCUCCGCCCACAGGCGCGUCGCGGGCUUCUCCCCGCGGGCCGUCAACUGGCCCCAGCCGCCACUCCCUCUCGAGGCUUCGCGAGCGCUCAUUCCAGUGCGCAGACGCCGUCCAAGUGGCCCAAGAGGCUGCUCAUCGGCGUCGCAGCGCUGGCCGCGAUCAACUACCUGCGGCAGGAGGCGCCCGAGAGCAAGGAGCGGCGGCGGCUGCUGGCGCUGGGGAAUGACGCCGUUAAGAGAUUCUCCAACAAAAGUGCCUCUUCCCGCUCGAGCGACCAAGUGAUAGCGGCCCUUGACGGAAGCGUGAGCAACGUGUUCCUCCACUACGCGCAGCUGAUGGCGUCGUUGGAGAAGGACAGCGAAGUUUCGUUCAUGCGCCAGCGCCUGGUGGACCUCGUGCGUAGUUCCCCGUCCAUGCGGAGUCGCGAGAGCAAGACACUGGACCAGUUCGACGACUUGAUGGCUCUGCACGCCAUCCGAGACGAGCGCCAACGCGAGCGCGGAGAAGGCCACCCCACGCCGUUCUAUUAG